UCCAUCUUUCCUCAGCAACAGCCACACCCAGCACCCAGCUCUGCAGCCUGGGAGCUCCUCUCUGCUCGCCAAACAGUCACAUUCAGAGCUCUGCAGCGCCCAGUCUGCAUGCAUUGAUGCAUGCAUUUGUUGCACAGCUGCCGCCAAGUGAUGCUGCGCGAGUUUUAAUCGGGAUUCCCCUCCCUGCGCGCCUAUUGGAGGCUUUACGGUAGCUGAAUUUGCAAGAGGGCUGGCCCUGCGGGCCCCUCAGCGCUCUCAUUGUGACUGCAGCUCCACUCUCUCUCACACACACAAGGGUAUUAGUGUCAGAGCCGCUCAGCAGCUUAACCCUGCAGAAGCCGCCGCCAGCCCCUUGCUCCCGCCUGGACCCGCCUCACCAGAUCUGAGCCGAGAGUUCAACGACAUACCUUCCUGGUUCAACAGGCAGAGAAGCUCAGCUUUCAGCUCAGAUCCAGUAGGUGACUCUCUGGCAGGCGGACAUGGCAGACGGCAGGCAGCCAGAAGACCAAUGGGCCGCCAAUGGCCAGGAGAACGGAGAGAACGGCUACUCAUCCUACGGCUACCGGGAGAACGGCUACCAUGCUGCGGCGGCCGCUCCGCCUCCAGUAACAGUGGACGACUCGGCCAACCUGCCUCCCUCCCCUCCCCCAUCUCCAUCCGCUGAGCAGACUGGGCCCCUGGGACAAGAGGAGAAAGUAGAGGUUGUCAGUCAGCGGCCUCCAGUGGAGGAAGUGGCAUCUGAGCAACCAGGAGACUUGCACGUAAAGCAGACAGAUUGUUUAAGGGAGUCCCAGGCUUUGGGUUACCAGAGAACCCAAACACCUGAGGCCGUCAAUGGAGGAGAUCACCACGGUGAACAGAGCCCGACACAGACAGCCCAGCCAGCGGAGAGCAAAACAUCUAGUGAGUCUGAGGUGCAAGAAGGCGAAUGUCCUGUAACGUCUGAAGAAGAACUUGCUUCGAGUAAACAUCCCACUACUUCAGAGAAGGAUCUCUCGGAGGGGUCCUCAACCAAACAGACUGAUAAAGACAGAGGAGAUAACACAGAAGAAUCCCCUGAAGACUGCAAGCCUUUGGAGUCUAAAGGCAAGGACCAUAAAGAUGUUUCGCUGACAGAAGAUGCGGCAAGUCUCGAAACAGAAAAUAAUGCCGGAGUUAUGUUACCCAAGAAAUCACAAGCUCCUUUGAAUGAAAGUACUGAGAAGACUGAGGGAGGAGAAGCAACAAGUCAGGGCAACGGGGACAGUAGCAUUCAGAAAGAAACAGUCCAGUUAAAAGAAGAAUCAAAUAAAGAUUCAAAGACUUACUUUGAGACUACAUCAAAAAGUCAAGAAGAGGGAUUGUCACAAGGCUAUUAUGAACUCAGUUUAACCUCAGAGAAAGGGUUAAGUGUAGAUUAUGACAGAGCUCUGGGUCAAUUUGAAGGACAAGAGAAGAAAAAUGUGAGAAUAUCACCUGAUAAAGCACUGUUAGAGCAACGCAGACUGUCCUUGAACAUUCCUAGUGGGUCUUCGACAGAAACGACUGUAAAAGUAGACAAGUCGAGGAGAUUCUCUGAAAGUUUGUCUCCAGUCAGCGGAAGUUUUGAGGGGACAGAAGUUCCUCCAUUAACCCCAUUUGUUGAGAUGCAUACUUCACCACUUCAGCCUGUAGUCUCCAUUAUUCCAACACCGACACCAUCUGAUAGCAUCCAGACAAUGGAAGACGCUUCUGCUGAGGGGCAUUGUUCUAGCUCUGACCAAUCAGAAAGCCUUUCUGAUAUGUUGGACUUGGCUGGGGUCCCACUUCGUCCGUCAAUACAGAUAAGGGACCACAUGAGACGAAAAUCAAUGCCAGCCAGUGCACUCCUCGGUAAUGCCUUUGACAAGCUGAGUCUAUCGGAACAAAUUUUGAUAGAGGUGGCAGGGGAGAAUCAACAGGAAGAGCUUGGCUACUGCGUGUUCAGUGAAUACUCGGCACCCAUGCCUUCUCCAGCCGAUGUACCAAAUCCUGGAGAUUCUCAACACCAGCACUUCCCUUCUUUGGGUUCUGAAGAAGAAGAGGUUUCUAAAGUUGUAGAAAUUGAAGAUGGUCAAACUCAAGUGCAACAAAAAGAUCAGAAAGAAAUUACCCAGGUUUCUCAAAAACAUGUGUUGGAAAAGAAAGAUCCACCAGUAAAGACCUCCUUGAUUCUGGAGAAAGCUGUGACUAGUGGAUUAAAACCAGAUCGCUUACUAAUCCCAAUGACGGCUUCGAAAGACCGUCUUACUGAACUUCGUCUGGAGACUGGUCUACCUGGGGACAUAAAGAUCCAGGCCAUCCCUGAGGUGGAUGUCGAAAAAGACCCCUCUAGAGAGGCCUCACCCAUCCCACCCGACAACUCCUUUACUUUCACUCCUGCAGAAACCGGAAGUAGAUUUCCCCUGAGUCCCAUCAGCCCCAAGUCUGAAGGAACCCUAGUAACUCAAGGCGGUGAGCCACAGGGGAAAGAUGAUAUGCCCAACAAAUCUUCAGAAUCCAAGAGUGUUGAUGAAGACCUGGAGGCAAACAAAGCGAUGACAAACACUGAGAUUGUAGAUCAACAAGAAAAAGCUGAGGAAGCAGACAGAACCACGACAGCAUCAUUGGAGCCUUUACAAGAUCAUUUGGAAGAAAAACCUUUAAGCUCAGGAGAAAUAGAAACGCAAACACCUUCAGAUGUUUCUCAGCAUUUAAGCAUUGAAAAGGCAGGAGGUGAAAAGACUCCCCAAAUCCAAUUACCAGAGUUAACGCUAACAAAAGACUCAUCAAGGCCACAAGUAUUAUCUCCAAUCAUUGUAAUACCUCAAGCACAAGUAGAUGAAGAGGAGGAUGACAUUGAGAUUGCGGAAGAGCCUCAAGAGAUUAUGGAAGAACCUGAAGAGAUUCUGCACUCCAAGAGUAAUAUAACAGCGGAAAGUAUACCUGAUAUACCUGAAGUGGAGGAGCAGAAGGACCAAAUGAGACUGAUGGUUUGUGAUAAGAUGCUGGACGAUGAUCCCAAGUCAGGAGCUGAAGAAUGGAGCCAUAGUGCCCUAAACAGCGACGAAGGAGAGCCUGCUACAGAUAGUUCACACUUGUCCCCAUGUUCUGACCAUGACCUAUUACAGCAGUCUGAGGAAGGUGAUGAGGAGGAAAAAAAGGAAGAGGACCUGCAGGUAGAUAAGAUGGAAUGGACAAAAGAAGAGAAUGGAGGGGUAAAGAAAGAUGAAACUUAUCGAGAGGAAGUGGAAGGAGUUGAUUGUGAUGCAACUGGUGAUGAAAAAGAGAAGAAGGUCCUGAUUGAAGAGGACGGAACCGAAGAGAAAGACAUAGAGAUUGGUGAAGAAGCAAGUCUGGCAACUAACGAUGAAACCACAAUGAAUGUGUCCAUCCUGGAUACAGACAGUAGCUGGAUGGACCCUCAAGAUGAUGACAAAAGUAUCAUGACUGAGCAAAUCGUAGCCCUUCCUCAGACACAGAGUUCUACUGCUGCAUCUACGAUGGUGGACUGCCCUGCUAAACAGUUACCCGGCAAAGGAAGGGGCCGCCUUGGCACUGCUGAAUGCAGAGUGACACGCAAAGCACCGACCUACCAUCCGCCAAGAGAGGAGAUAAGAAAGAAAAAAGUAGGCGUGAGGAGGGCUGACCAGAGUAAGGUGUCAGCCCUCCAAAGUCGCUCUCCAUCUCGAAAGAGUGGAGCCAAAGUGGCGGCCAGACAUCCUAGGCCUGCUCCGCUUCACGGCUCUGCUAAGCGCAAGGCCACAGGUGAACACCUUUCGCCAGGUAUGGCACAACACCAGCCACUCAGUGUGGCCCAGCCGUCCAGGGAGAGGCCCACUGAGAGAACAUACCGCAGCCCGGAGAAGAGGUCAUCCCUUCCUAGGCCGGCCAAGUCUCUGACUCGCCAUAUUCCUGCUGCAGAGCAAGAGGACAGCACCCCCUCCAGGCCAACCUCGAUCCGAACCGACUCCAGAGGAGACGGCAGGUCUGGAAGAGCCCCUAGUAUGGCAGGCACAGACUCAGCCCGGUCUCGCUCGGUCCGCAGUGGCGCCUCCACCCCAGGGUCUGCCGUCACACCCGGCACACCGCCCAACUACUCCUGCCGCACCCCGGGGUCGCGCACCCCCGGCAGCCACACGCCCAAGUCCUUCAGCAUCCUCCAGGAGAAGAAGGUGGCAGUGAUCCGGACCCCUCCCAAGUCCCCUUCGUCAGUCCAGCGGCAGCUGAAGGUCAUCAACCAGCCACUCCCUGACCUGAAGAAUGUAAAGUCCAAGGUCGGGUCCACAGCCAACCUCAAACACCAGCCGAAAGGAGGACAGGUUCAGAUUUUAAGUGAGAAGCUGGACUUCGCUCAUGUUCAGUCAAAGUGCGGCUCCAAGGAUAAUCUGAAGCACACGCCCAAAGGAGGCCAUGUUCAAAUCCAGACCAAGAAGAUCGACUUGAGCCACAUCACCGCCAAAUGUGGCUCCAUGUCCAACAUUCAUCAUAGACCUGGGGGAGGACACAUUCGUAUCGAGAACAUGAAGCUGGAUUUCAAAGAUAAGGCUCACGCCAAGGUCGGCUCCCUGGACAAUGCCAGCCACAUGCCUGGAGGAGGGAAUGUCAUGAUCGAGAGCCACAAGCUGAGCUUCCGGGAAACGGCCAAAGCUCGCGUGGACCACGGCGCCGAAAUCAUCAUCACCCAGUCCCCCGGCGUGGAGACGGGGGGCACGUCUCCCCGCCUGUCGUCCGCCGGCAGCAUCAACAUGAUGGAGUCGCCCCAGCUGUCCACGCUGGCGCAGGACGUCACGGCCGCGCUGGCCAAGCAGGGCUUAUGAGCUUUCGGUCCGUCCCCCCCGUCCUCCUGUUAUUGUGCCCUCCCCCCCAUAGACAUCCAGCGUUGUCGCUUCAGUGCAACAUGACCCCCAACACCUCAUAACCCCCACAGUUGGAGUCGAUCAGGCUGUCGUUCGCCCAUUCGGAUUUUAAAGACUAGAUUCUGCCGCCUUUCAACGGGAAGCCUCUCAGUUCUUCUAUCCUCAACUCAAAUAUGGAUGUUCGUUUCAGAUCCGAUAGGCCGAAGGGUCGAUUGUCUCAGCAAGUGGUUUUUACGAUUGUAUGACGAAUUUUUUGAAGCGCGUCGCCACAGCCCUCCAGAAUUUACACGGUACCGAAUGCGAUUUAUUGCUACUAGAUAAUUAAUGUUGUCUUAAAGGAUACAAACGUACGAGAGACUGACGGGAAAAAUGCGAAAGAGUGGCUGACAAGUGGACAUGUCUGCUGAAAUGUGACAUGAGUUUGUCUUUGUUCAUCUGUUGGAUUUUAAUGUUUUCUUGCUCUGUUUUCUUUUUUUUUACAUAAAUGUUACUCUAGUGUUACCGUUUUGUACCUUCCCUGUGGCUGCUCUGGCUUAUUGGCGAUAAUAAUAACCAUGGCAGUUGUGUAAAAUGUCGAGCAAUGAACAGCUAGCUUUAUAAUAGGCUUUCUUUUUUCUUUUUAGUUGUUCCCCCCUACCCCCAAAGCUGCCUGUUUACGUUCGUUUUUAUAUUUGCGCUGUAGUUUUACAAGGUUACACAAUACUGUUGUGCUGGCAUGGCAACAAAAAAAAAAAAAAAAAAUGCCGAUUAAGUUCGAGCUAUUUGCAGCUAUUUUAAACUUUUUAAGUUUGAACAAAAACAGCCCGGAUACAAUCCAAGUCAGGCCUGAAUAAGCCUUGUGAGCCUCCUUGCUUUUGCUAAAACACUGGGUGGUACGAUGUGUUCAAAUGGGUUAAGAGCCCAGAGUUUAUUCAAAUUAAGUGUGAAGUAUGAAGCUUUAUAUGAAAACAUUCCUGUGGGGUAAAGAAGAUAAAAUAAAUGUGUUGGUUUUGAUCGUUGCUGGAAGUCCAGAAGAAAGAAAAAUGGAGUUCUUUUUCUUUGUAAAAAAAAAAAAAAGUAAAACGAAACUCUUCUAUCAGAUUUUUGCUCUCCUUUGUGGAACCCUUUUUGCCCCCCACCCCGGUAUCAGGAACCCUCCCGCCCCCGCGCCACUGUUUCCCCGUGCUUCCUCUUUCUCCAUCCCCUGUUUGCCUGUGUAAGUGUAUUUAAAGAAAUGUAGAUGUGUGUGCACUAUUUCCAAUGUUUGAGAUGUACUGGUGAUGGCAAAUGCUCCGACAAAAUGACGACCGCAUAAAUAAAGAAAAUAAAAACCGA